AAGAUGGCUAUGACAGGGAAGAAGAAAGACCAGACCUAAAGGCCUGGACACGUGAGAAUCAGGGAGAGUGGCCACAUGAGCCACUUCCCCAAUUGUGUUUGGGGUAGCAGAGAUGAAAUAUAGGUUUUAAAAGAUUUCAACACAGAAAUACCAGAGGGGGGUGUUUGCUAGCAGCAGGAAGGAUAAGAACUGCCCAGUCAUUAAGCUAGUCAAGGCAUAUUAAAAUUACCUGGUGUGUGUGUGUUUCAUUCGAGAAUCCAGAUAGCUCUUGGGCGGGUAUGUACAUGUGAUCGAUCCGUCAGGAACAUUAAGCAGUUUAACUAUGGCUACGCGUAUCUGUUUCAUAGAAUUGGGUGGGAGUUGGUGCACUAAGUAAUCCCAGUUGUCAGGACAACUUCAAAGGGGCAGAGAUAGCCUGUGUUCUGUGUUCGGGGCGUGUGUGUGUGUGUGUGUGUGUGUGUGUGUGUGUGUGUGUGUGUGUGUAAGAGACGUUGGCACUAGGAAUCCCAUGCAGGGCCUUGCACACACCACCUAUGCUCACGCUCACCAACUGAGCUGCUCCUGCUCCCGCUCCCGCUCCUGCAGUCUGUUUAUUCCUCUGUUGCCCUUUAACAUAGAGUGUUGCAUCUUGCCUUUUAUAAGCAGAUAGUGACUGUUUAUAUACCACAGAUUAACAGUUUAUAACACAGAAUCCUGGAAAGUGACACCUCUGCCCCCUUGAUCCUUCCGUCCACCUUCCUUUCUGAGGGAGUUACUUCUCAUCACUGUGUACAAAUAAAAAUAGCGUUGAGUGACCCAGCACUCGGGCUAGGCAGAGUCCAACAGCAGGAGAUAGAGUGGGAUCCUUCUUUAGAAAACAAAACAAAAACAGAAAGAAAAAAUAGCUUCAAUCCUACGAUAAGAGUAGGUGGGUGUGUGGGUGGAGGAAGGUGUUUUCUCAUCAGUGGGAGGUGGGCGUGUGGCCACUUCCUCCAGAGCCACCCAGUUCUCAGAAGCUGUCCUCCUUGUGCCCUUAGAUUGAGACUGAGCUGUCUCAGGUCAGUGUCACGGCUCAGCACCCACCUCUGGCUCCUCUUGCCUCCCUCCCCUUAGGUAUGAGAACUGUGCUUAUCAUGCCCUGCCUGCUUGCAGUUGCUACACACACUCAGAUGAUACAAAGAGGCUGAAGGCGGGCGGACUCUGUGUUUCCUGACUUCUGUGCACCUGUUUUUCUUAAUCACAUAGAAGCGCUCGCUGCGUUAUAAGCAGUGUCAGGCCCGUCUGAAAGCAAGGACAAGAAUUAGUGUUAUCUCUGCCCACGUACCACACACUGUCUCCACACUCUGAGGUCACAGGCGGUUGGAUGGAGGCUGAGCUGUCCGCUCUGCCAUGUGUGCCCUUUCACUUCCCUCGGCUGUAGGUCUGGCACUAACUGCUGCUGAUAACAGCCGGAGAUAGUACCUGUACGGUACUCAGCACGGUGCCUGGCACGGCCUUAGAAAAGGCCCGAGGACGGUGAUCCACCCUAAAGCACGAAUUAUCGCGGAGGCCGGGCCAAUAAUCAUCGGUGAAGGAAACCUGAUAGAAGAGCAGGCCCUCAUCAUAAAUGCUCAUCCGGAUAACAUCAUCCCAGAUACUGAAGAUACAGAGCCCAAACCUAUGAUUAUUGGCACCAACAACGUAUUUGAAGUGGGCUGUCAUUCCCAAGCCAUGAAAAUGGGAGACAAUAAUGUCAUUGAGUCAAAAGCCUACGUGGGCAGGAAUGUCAUCCUGACCAGCGGCUGCAUCAUUGGGGCUUGCUGCAGCCUCAACACCUUUGAAGCCAUCCCUGAGAACACGGUGAUCUACGGCGCGGACUGCCUGCGGCGGGUACAGACAGAGCGGCCACAGCCCCAGACUCUACAACUGGAUUUCCUGAUGAAGAUCUUGCCCAAUUACCACCACCUGAAGAAGACGAUGAAAGGCAGCUCAACCCCAGUUAAGAACUGAGAAGAUGUCAGUGGUGCUCGGUUCUGCCAGCUGUCAGCGGGCCCGGCUGUUAGCACCGUGCUGACUUUCCAUUGGAGACUUGAGUUGGAGAGAGGUGGGUCCUAUUGUAACAACCGCUAUAAUUUAUAUGGACUAUAUUGUCUCCCUGUCCUUGUUCUGAUAAUGUACAGACUCAGUUUUUCUUAUGUUAUACAAAAUAUUAGCCAUGCAUUUAUUAUGUAAAGGACUACCCAUGAUAACAUGCCAUAUUAUGUGUUUAUAUUCUAAUGUAACCAUAUACCAUAACUAAAUAAAAGUUUGGCUACUUGCACUAAUCUUCCCAAA